AUGAUCAAAAUGGCCGCCGAGUGACUGACUGACGUUACAGUAAAUUGUAUUGUAUUGUCAUACGCGAUCAGCCAUUGCACUGAAAUAUGUGCGAUUUUACAAGUUUUAUGACUUGUCAUCACUAAUUUGUUAACGUAUUUAAUAUUAAAAGUUGUAAGAAACAAUUCAAUAUGGCUUGGCAAAUGCCGGGACAAUGGAACACAGGCGUUCCACAAAUGAAUCAAAUGACGCCUGAUUUAAACAUGGGAUCCUACACACCUGAGCAAUGGGCUGUUAUGCAGCAACAGAAUUGGCACCAAUGGACCCAGUGGCAGCAACAGUAUUCGCAAUGGCAAAGCCAGUAUGGCGAAAAGUAUGCACAACAAAUGCAGUCCAUGCAGGCAAUGGUGCCACCCCUUCCAACUUCAAAUACUGCUCCUCCUCCAGCACCGCCUCCACCGGAGAAGCCUCCACCGCCUCCACCACAUGAGAACAACCAGCCCCUAUUUGGACAACCAAAUCCAGUACCAGCCCCAGGAUCACAGCCAGUUCCACAUACAGGGAGUUCUAAUAAUGUUAGCAUUCCUACAGGUAACACCCAAAAAAAUUGGCAGCAUGGAAACGAAAACCGGCAAGAAGCUUCCUUACCCGCCAAUGCAGAGGCCUUAAAGAAACUAGCAGAGGAAGAAAGGCUCUUUGAUAUUCAGUUUGAAAAGUGGGAAGAAGAAAUCCAAAAAUGGAAAAGGGAAAAUGUGAACCAUCCGGACAAACAGGCUUAUCAUGAGUAUGAGCAAAAAUUUGAAACUUGCAGGGCACAAUUGUUAGAGCGUCGGCAGGUGAUGAAACAGAAGAGGGCACGACUGCUGGGCCAGGGUGCUCCCGCUGUGGGCAGUGCUCCAACAGGUAAUCCAUCCCCAGCUCCUCCCCCUCAACAAAUUAUGAGUGCCAGUCGUAACCCUAAUAUGCAGUCCCAAAGCAACAAUAGCUCGUCAAAUCUCGCCCAGCCUAGCAACCAUUAUAAACACCAGGAACAACAUAAUUACCGACCAAAUAAUAAUCAAAUGUCAAUUCAAAACUUUAAAAAUAAUCCUCCCCAAAAUUACCAAGGUAAUUCUCAAUAUGCACAAUAUGAUAAUAAUAUGCAACAAGGUUAUAACAGGAGCAAUAAUCUAGGUGGGGACCCACAAGACAGAUUUGAGUCCUAUGACGCUCAGGAUAUGUAUGACACUCAGGAUAUGGAUGAGGGUAAUUAUUCCCCAGCUCCUGUUGAAAACACAAACUUUUUACCUGGAGCUGGUUCUGCUAAAAGCAUUCCAGGGUUGGAUUUAGUACCGGCAGUCAAAGAGAGUCAACCACAACAACCUGAGGUUAUUGAUAUAACUGGUGACAAACCAAAACCCACCCAGCCACCAGACCUUACUACCAUUUCUAAAGGCAUAAACAACAUUCUUGGAGAUGAGAAAAUCAUGAACAUCCUUUCCAUGGUUCGGAAUCAAGUUGCACCUCCUAUUCUCAAUAAACAAGAAUCUAGUGCACAAAAUGCACCAUUUACUAAUAUGAAUAACUCCAAUGCUCCACCAAAUGCACCAUGUAAUAAUAAUAUGAGUAACAUGAAUGCUCCUCAAAAUGCUCCGUACAAUAAUAUGACUAAUGCUAAUGCUCCCCAAAAUGUCCCAUAUAAUAUGACUAAUGCUAAUGCUCCCCAAAAUUUCCCAUAUAAUAACAAUAUGAGCAGUAAUGCUCCUCCAAAUAAUCAGUGGGACAGAAAUCAUGCUACACCUAACGAACAAUUUAGUAACGCACCCCCAAACAUGUACUACAAUCGUCAAGGUCCUGGCUAUGGUGAUCAAUCUCAGCAAGAUCAGCAGUAUCCACCUCAAAGAAUGAAUGACAGAGAAAAUAUGUCAAUGGAUCCAUACAAUGAUAGGAAUAUGAAAGGACAAAACAUGCAACAAAGACCACAUAUGAGACCUAACAUGCCAAACAUGCAAAACAAUCCUCAACCACUUAUGCAAGAAGGUCAAGGCUAUCAAAAUGAUAAUUUCAAUAGGAGACCACCUCCGCCGCCUCUGCAGGGUGCUCCUGAUAAUAUGAGGCCUAUGAGACCUAAUAUGAAUAUACCGCCACCAAGGCCCCUCAUGGCAGGUGUGCCUGGUUAUGAUGAACAGAAUGAUUAUUCAAGGGGGCCUCAUGAUAACAGAGGUAUGAUGGGCAAUAUGAAUAACCAGGCAAUGAAUAACCAAACUGCGCCGCCUCCGCCACCUCCACAGCCAGCUCGCCCGAAGUGGACUGAAGAGCCAUUAUUUACUCCAUCUGUCAUUGUUGAAUAUGAGCACAAACCUCUAAGAUUGAAAGCUCGUGAAUUCAUUGAGCCCGUCCAUAUGUUUGACUACAAUCAUAAAUCAAAGGAUGAUAACAUUAAGAAAAGAGAUUUCGAAAAAGAAGCAGAUGAAUUAUUCCAGAGGAAACCCAGAAGAAUCGAAUCAGGCGAUGUGUAUAGAGAAAACCGUUUCGGUCCAGGUGAUUACAUGGAAAAUCGUUUUGCCGCUGAAGAUAACUCUAGGGAUUAUUCUCCAAGGGAUUUCGAACGACGAUAUCCUAGAGAAGAAAUCCGACAUGACCAUAGGGAAUUGAGAGAUGACUACAGGGACGUCAGAGGUCCUCCUAGGGACGAAUAUGAUGAUAGAAUUGACAGACGAAGGCCCGAUGAAAGAUACGACGAAAGAAGACGCGAUGAUCGCGACAGAUUUCCUAGACACGAUGAUUUUAGUAGAGACAGAGGGCGGGAACGUGAUCGAGAUAGAGAAGAUUCAUAUAAAGAUAGACAAAGGGAUAUACGUAGAGAUGACAACCGCCAUGACAGUAGAAAUCGUAGUAGGAGUCGCGAUCGUGACUCCCGUAAAAGAGGUCGUAGCAAAGAAAGUAACAUAAGUGAAACCUCGUCAAAGAAAUCGAAAGAAGUAGAGAAGAAAAAUGGAACUCCCAAGCAUGUUGUAAUGAUCGACGAUAUUUUAGAGCCCCCUGGUCGUGAGAUGCGGCCGGAGAAAAUAGUUAUUAUUUUACGAGGUCCCCCAGGCAGUGGCAAAUCGUAUUUAGCAAAAUUAAUAAGAGACCGCGAAGCGGAACACGGCGGGACUGCUCGAAUUAUGUCGAUUGACGACUAUUUCAUGCAGGAAGGGGAAAUAGAAGAAAAAGAUCCUACAACUGGCAAAAUUGUCAAGAAACCAUCUUUAAAAUAUGAAUAUGAAGCAAAAUCAGAAGAAACUUAUCUGAACUCUCUGAAAAGAGCAUUUAAAAGGUCAUUGACUGACGGCUACUUCAACUUUUUGAUUUACGACGCAGUGAAUGACACACUGAGAAGUUACGCUGAUAUUUGGAAUUAUGCUAGACAACAAGGCUUCCAGGUGUACAUUUGUACAAUGGAGCUGGAUUCCCAGUUAUGUUUCAAGAGGAACAUUCACGGUCGGACGUUGGGUGAUAUUCAAGUGGUAACCACUCGGUUCUUCCCCACCCCGGACCAUCACAUUCAGCUGGACGCCACGACGCUGUUACAAAGCGGAGCCAUUACCGAGGUGCACAUGGAGGACGUGGAUGACGAUAUCAUUAUGGAGGACGCGCAGGAACCUGAGGUUGAAAGCUCUUUUACUUCGAAGUGGGAGAAAAUGGAUGACGCGGCGCAACUAGCUCGACUCGAUGGCAUCAGCAAGCCGCUCCGGCCCUCGCACGUCUCAAUGGAGGACUACCUACAGCUAGACGACUGGAAACCAACAACAGCUAAGCCAGGGAAGAAAACGGUACGCUGGGCGGACAUAGAAGAGAGCAGACAGCAAGAGAAAAUGCGUGCCAUCGGAUUUGUGGUAGGACAGACGGACUGGAAUCGCAUGACAGAUCCUACUAUGGGAUCUAGUGCGCUCACUCAAACUAAGUACAUUGAGAGAGUUAGAAGAAGUUAAGUCAUAGUUUAGUGUUACCAUAGAAUCUUGUAUAAGGUGUAAAACCAGUUCAGAGAACUUGUUUGAAAUCUUCAGUAUAUAGACAGUAAUUUCGGAUAACAAAUUAAAGUGUUGAAGUCGCAGUGUGCGUAGCAAUUAAUGAGACAUAUGAUACUGUCAAUAACUUUAUCUUUAGAUGUUUUAUUUUGCUAUGCUUAAGUGUGUGGCACCAGCGCAGCGAUAGAACUUAUUGAAUCAAGUAUAUUUCUUCUUAUUAUGUCAGAGAAUUAGCAUGUUUUCGUUUUAUUUAUUGGAAUACAGGUUAACGUUAUUUAUGUGAUAUUUAAAAAAAUCUCCUAAUAUAAACUUGGACUUAUUUCUGGUGUCUAAUAUUACUAAGUGUUAGAAAAAUAUAGUUACUACUUCUAGUGGCACUGUUUCUACAGCACGCUAUGCUCGCUUCUGCUUGGUUGCAUAAACUAGUUAAUUAGGUAUAUUAAAUUCCUACCAUUAUUAAGGAUAUGAGAAUAGCUAUAGUGCUACGAAUCGUUAAGUUGACUGUCUACGCAUAUACAACUAAGAAAUAAUCUGUAGACAGUUUUCCAAGCGAUACGAUAGUAUACAGCAAUUUGUUUAUAUUUUUCUCAGAAUAUUUUAUUUUUUGUCACAACAACCCGACCAUACACGAAAUUUUCCAGGUAUCUUCAACAAUGAUGUUGAUGAUAUUAUUUUAUUACGUGACGUUUCGUUAAGUCUAGACUUAAAGGCGGAAACCCAUUGCAGCGCACGCCAAUCACAAAUAAUUCGUGUCGGCUCAUUGAUUUAAAACUUAGGAACUUUUGUAGCAACCGUGCACUGCAGUAGGGUUUUACUGGGAAGUGACCCUUUGGGCUAGUUUGAUCUUGUUUAGGCAUAAUACAUAAUAUUUGUAAAUUAGAUACUAUUGUGGUCGCAUGUCCAGUUGCAAAAAAGUUCAUUAUCAUAUUUGUUGCCUUUAGGACUCGCCAAUGGAUAUAUGAAUUUUUCGCAACUGGAUAGUAAGGCACCAAGCUCCUGAAUACACCAUGUGUACAACAAUUGCCAGUACAAAUGAAAAAAAAAACCGCAUCUUUCAUUUAUGAAAGUAGAACUCGAAUUGGAAAAAAGGUAUUUGAGCUUAGGAGCUUGAUGUCUUAUUUCAUUACAAUUAAACCGAAUAAGGUGUAUAUUUUUAAACAUGAAGGUAAUAAAAGCGUUAUAAGGA